UUCAGAGUGACCGCGGCCGAGUACAAGGCGACACCUCUUACCGUCAGGACGCAGAGAAGCGAACGCGCAAUCUACAAUCAACAAGUUCUUCCACAGUUCCACCUUUAGAAGAAACAAUACAAACAGUCCAAAAUGGAUAAUCAAAUCGGGUUGUCCAUUUUAAGUGCGGUACUCGAUAGUAUGUCGUACCCAAACCAAAUAGUGUCAGGCGGCGGUCAAAAUAUAUCAGACGCCACCGAUGUCUGCGAUCUCCACAGAUAUUUAAUGGGAGGAGGCUAUCAAACAAACCAGGAUGCUUUGAGACGCGGUGCAGCUUCGUUACAAUACGGAGGAUUAUUAUCAGCAAGAUCACCACCAUUGAGCAUAGCUUUACCAUCUUCAUUGCUGGAUGAGCAAUUUCACAAAGAUUUCACGGACACUUCUGAUAACGGCGUAGAGUUUUACAGAGGUGGAUCCAACUACAUCCGCCCCUGCGGAUGGCAACGCUACGCAUUGAAAGUCAAAGGCAAGUACCCGGACGACAUUUGGCUAAAAGGGAAAUAUCGCCGGGCUGACGAAUACUCGUCAGCCGAAGGAGAAUGGCCAGUGUCCUACCACGGAACAUCUUUGAACAACGGUCUCUCAAUCGCAGAGGAGGGAUUUAAAUUGAGUCAAGGAACGCGUUUCUUGUACGGCAAAGGUAUUUACUCGACCCCCGAUAUCGGGGUGGCAUCCCUAUAUGCUAUGACAGUAAACGUAGAUGGUAAAAGCUAUAAAUUCGUCUUGCAAAAUCGUGUAAACCCAACAAAUUUGAAAAAAGUUUGCAAAGCUGUAACUGGUGUGGGGGAAUAUUGGAUUUCACCCAAUGAUGACGAUAUUCGCCCUUACGGCUUUUGUGUUCGAGAAGUUGAAAGUCACUCCCCAUUUUGUGUUUUACAGUAAACAUGUAAUUCUUUACUAAAAGAUAAAAUAAACGACACCAUAUUCGCACCAUAUGAAGUAGCCGCGCUACGGCUG